CCUGAAAAUGGAGACAUCUUCCCAGGAGAAGAAGGUAAAAGAAGACGAUGGAAGAGUUUGUCUGAAGAGGCGUUUGGGCUGUUUCGACAGUGUUUGCUUCCUUGUUGGUAGCAUAAUAGGUGCUGGAAUAUUUGUUUCUCCUAAAGGGGUAUUGGAAUACUCUCAGCUCAAUGUUGGAGUGGCACUAUGUAUAUGGGCGGCCUGUGGUGUGAUAUGUAUGAUGUGCUCCCUCUGUUAUGCAGAGCUGGGCACAGCAUUGCCAUUUGCUGGAGGUGAAUACUACCAUGUUAAGCGAGGACUCGGAUCUCUGCCAGCUUUCAUUACCAUCUGGACACUAAUACUGUUUAUAAGACCUGCAUCCAAUGCAGCACGGGCCCUGACCUUUGCUGAAUAUAUCAGCCGGCCAUUUUACUCUGGUUGCCCACCGCCUGACCUGCUCAAAAAAAUAUUAGCUAUUGGGAUUCUGUGGGUUCUAGGUGUUAUAAAUUCAAAAAGUAUCAAGCUGGCGACCUGGGUUCAGAAUAUAUUCACUGUUCUGAAAAUGAUGUCCUUGACUCUUAUUAUUGUCUAUGGAGUGAUUGAGUUUGGCCGUAACCCUAAGGCUUUGGAGCCUUUUAAGGAUGCAUUUCAUUCAGAAGUCCCUAAUGCAGCUCAGAUUGCAGAGUCUUUUUUUCAAGGCCUGUACGCAUAUGGAGGAUGGAACUUCCUCAACUACAUGGCUGAGGAGAUAAAGAACCCAAGUAAAAACAUCCCCCGCAGUAUAAUAACCGCCAUGUGUGCGGUAAUUGUCUUCUAUCUGCUGGUGAACAUCUCAUACCUCACCGUCCUGACACCCAAGGAGAUUGUAUCUUCAGCUGCAGUAUCCGUCACAUGGGCAGAUAGAACAAUUCCAUCAGUGGCCUGGAUUAUCCCCGUUUCAGUUGCUGUCUCAAUAUUCGGUUCUCUAAAUGGUGGAAUGUUUAUGUUGGGGCGACUAAACUACGCUGGAAGCAAAGAGGGACAUUUGCCAGCCAUCAUAUCAAUGCUUCAUGUACAUUAUCUGACUCCAGCCCCGGCGAUGAUCAUUUCCACAAUAAUUGCAUCAAUUUUUGUCAUUCCUUCUGACCUUAUUUCAUUAACAAACUAUUUUAGUUUUGCCUCCUGGCUGCUGGUUGGACUAACUUGUACUAGUCUGGUUGUACUGCGUUAUCGUGAACCCAAUCUUGAUCGACCAUACAAGGUCUUUCUUCCCAUUGCCAUUGGAGUUAUCGCGGUGUCCAUUUUCCUGGUUCUUGCACCUAUUAUCCAGUCCCCAAAAGUUCAGUAUUUCUAUGCUUUGCUGUUUAUGUUAAGCAGUGUGAUCAUCUAUAUUCCCUUUGUACAUUUCAAGUUAAAGUUCCCAGGCUUUGAUAAAAUCACCUGUUAUCUGCAGCUUUUGAUGGAGGUUUCACCGACUGAUAUUUUCGAAGAUUCUAAAACUAAGUAACCCUGUUGUUUCCAUCCUAUAAAAACAGUCAUGUUUAUUGAGGACAAUUGUGGAAGAAUAAUGGCUUUUAAAGAGUUUGCAGUAGAUAAAGGUUGGGCCUCAAUGUCAAGUAAAUGUCCAGCGUAAAAAGAUGAAAUAAAUCUAUCUUGUGACCUACAGGUUAAGAAGUCGUUUCCUUCUGCUUUAUAGCAGACGUCUUGUCUGGAGAUUCUCUUUUAUUGUGAAGAAAGAAUGCAACUAAAGAGAACAAUCUCAGUAUUGUAAAAGUCUACAGUAUGAAGUGUAUUGAGUUCAGUAGUUUUUAGACAAAGAAUAAUCAGAAUGCAAAGGUUCCAUUGGGUUAGU